UCUCUUUUUUCUUUUACCUCAAACAAUUUCCCGUGCGUGCACCCAACAUGAAGCCUGUGAUUUUCCUCAAUUUUUUACGGGUGAUUCCUACUUUCAACAUUUAGUCUUUAUAAAGCCACACUCUACCUCCUCCAAUCCUCACCCAUUUCUCUGUACUCACAAAAUGAAACUCUUCUUCUUCAUUGUUGUCAUUGCCCUUCUCUCCCUUCAGGCAUUGGCAGAGGCUUCAUUGUUUGGUUAUAAUGCAGGGAAAAAUUUUGCUAGUAUUAAGAGAGAUGAUGAAGAGAGUGAUGUGUUAGCUGCUCACAAAAAGCAUUAUUCAGGGAAAAUUAAUUGUAGCAACGCAUGCUCGAGUAGAUGCAAGGAGUCAUCAAGAAAGAAGAUAUGCCAUAGAGCAUGUCGAGCUUGUUGCAAGACGUGCAAUUGUGUUCCUCCUGGUACUUCUGGAAACACGAAAGCUUGUCCAUGCUAUGCAAGCCUCAGAACCCAUGGAAAUAAACCCAAGUGCCCUUGAAAAUGAAUCCCAACUCCAUUGAAAAGAGGGGAGAAUCAUUAUUGUUGCUCAAUUAUAUUAUAUAAUUUAUCGGUAAACUACAAUACUGAUUGGGAAAUGUCCCAUCUAAUAUUCAAGGACUUAUAAUUUUUUAAGAGUAAUGAGAAAAAAAAAGAAGGAAUAAACAAUUAACUUUGUUUUGCAAGUUGGUAUUGUCCCUUGAAUGAUGGAUCGAUACAACAUUCAAGGUUUCUGAAAAUUUUUAGGAAUAAUUUGGGAAAAAGAGUUGGGGUUUGUUUUGCA